AUGCGACGCUCUAUAACUGGCUGGAGAGCGCAUGCUGGAGAAAACGAAACGGACAAAAUCACUACAACUUCACCGUGCGCCUUCAGUCGCGAGGAUUCAUAUCAACAGCUGUGCGCAAAAUUGACUUUAUGGGAAGAUAUCAACUUUUUAUGGAUUAAUGUCAAGCUGGAUGCAACGUGCCAUAUCAAAUGUGAGUAUCAACAGACUAGUUCAAGUGGAUAAAAUACAAUUAUGAAGGAUUUUGCUCUUACUGUAUUUCUAGACUAAAACGUGCAGGAAUUUAUCUCCUAUUUUUUUCUAUUUUAGGAGUUCAUUGUGACGGUGAUGCUGAAAUAAAUAAAAUGGUAAGUAUUUUUCCCUUCUGUAACCUAAGCAUAGAUUAUCAUGCAAAACAGUACAGUAGUGGACAAUGGCCUUGUAAUUGGUGCACAGUCUUAUAAAAUUGACAUUAUUCUGUGCGUAAAACGACAAUGAAUUAGAUAAACCAUAUUUAAAAUGAAAUAGGCUCAAUGUAUUUAUAGACACUAAAUUAACUGUCAGUCCCUGAAAUGAUGGCGUUAUACACCAGCAUACGGGGACAACAUCUGCAGUGCAACGCUCUGUCCACAGACUACGUUGUCCUGCAUAAUAACUAUAGAUGCCUCUGCAGAGUUGUGCUAUCUGCUGUAGGCUAUGCCUUGUGUCGGGUAAACAAACAAAUAGCAGUUUGUUAAUGUGCUGUAAAUUUAGGAGGCAUAUGGGUGUUUAAUUUGCUAGAGAUUAUUUAAAACUUCUCUGUAUGAAAAGGGCUCCAUCAUAAUUUCCUUUCUAGUUGUAUUUAACUUUGUGGAGGUCCUACUCUUGAAAGUAGAGAUGGUGUUUAAUCACUUUGUCCUUUUUGGGCAUUUUUUUUCUCCAUCCCUGCAGGAAGUUUAUUAUACUGUAGCUAUAUAUAAAAGUCUGACUUUUAUAGGCAGCCUGUUGUGUCUUUAUGAGAGUACCACACAACCUGUGUUGUGAUGAGAGCAAACAGGGGCUAAAGGUCUUGGCACAGGGCCAAUUGCUUCAGUGGACUAUGGAAGAGUUGGGGCACUUACCCACUGCAUGACAGGGCAUAGGGUCACACACACUGACAGGACAGGAAAGAGAAGACUGAAUGUGACUUCUAUGGUCAGACAUUAACAUGUGUCUCAGAGGGCUCCAUGUCUCUCCUCCUCUGGUCUGCUAAACAUUUCUCACCUCACUGUCAGAUCAGCCCCCCCCCCCCCCCCCCCCCCCCCCCCCCCCUGCCAGGACCACAUGAUUUACUCUUCGAUCCCACCUUUUGAAGUAUCAGUUUGUGUGUGUUUUGUUGUGUAUGCUUUGUAGCCCACCUUUUUCCUUCAGAGGUAAUCAGUAUGAAAAAAUGUAUGCACUCACCUAACUGUAAGUCGCUCUGGAUAAGAGCAUCUGCUAAAUGACUAAAAUGUAAAUGUAAUGUUGUGUGUGGUUCACACACUGUUAUGAUUUUAGAUUUAGAUUUUAGUCAUUUAGCAGACGCUCUUAUCCAGAGCGACUUACAGUUAGUGAGUGCAUACAUUUUCAUAUUGGCCCCCCGUGGAAAACGAACCCACAACCCUGGCGUUGCAAGCGCCAUGCUCUACCAACUGAGCUACAGGGGACUCGGUCAACCCUGUUUGAUUUUGAGUGUAAGCCGACGCUGCUCACUGGUUGGUUUGGACCAAUCAGAGUGGGUCCCUGUGAGUCAGAGGGAGAGGAAAUUAGAGUAUAUGGCCUUUAGUAUGUCACAGCCGACUUUCAUAUGCAGGCACACAGCACUCUUAAAGAGACACACGCCAUUAUACCUACAUCCUGUGCCUUGAACUACUUCAGAGAAACCCUAAUCCCCCUGCAGAUCCCCCUACAGAAAAGUAGCCAUAAUUUCCAUAAGACUUCAGCCUUUAUAUUGCAGUGGUAGCAAGAAGGGAGACUUGAGUGUUGUUUGGUAUUGGUAGAAUAAAACCUCAAAGACAUUAUGGUGUGGGUUUGUGAUGGAUGUGUUACACACAUUUAGGCACAAGUGUGGUGAAGUAAAUUAACGUACAGUAGGUGUGGUGGGAGUUUGAUAUUAAUAUUGGUGUGGGUGGAUCUAUAUGAAAACUGGUCAAGUGUGGUGUGAUACAGUUUUAUAUCUGAGAAGGUUGUGAGGAGCAGGACAGGUAGAGCUUGGUUGUUGUUUACUGUGGCUGUGUAACUUCAACAUUAGAGAAGAGGUGGAGCUCUUUCAGACAGUCGAAACUUAGCAGCAGUCACCCAGUCAGCAUGUCUGAGCCUGUCCUACAGAGCCGGUCUCUAUUAUAGUCACCAACACAUGUAGUGUGCUUAUUAGAAAGAGUUCACCUCAGACAUCAUAAAGAAUGUUCAGUCUUUCAAACAUCUGCAGCAGGCUGGACAUUAUUUACAACAUGCAUUGUGUGAUUUUGUAUUCACUGGCUUAAUAGAAAAUCUUUGCUACAACAAAAGAAUAGCACUCUGUGUGUGUGUCUGCCAGCCUAUGUCUGACUCUGUGUACUCUCUGUCCCUCCCAGCUGUGUCUGCGUGACCAGAUGCACUACAUGAUGCGGUCCCUGCAGGACCUGAAGCACCUGAGGAGGACCUGCCCUGCUGCUGCCCCUGCCAUCACCCCUGCCCCUGCCCACCGCUCUGCAGUGGCACGAGCCUGCCAUCAGAGGGCACUGCAGCUGGAGCGCCGUACCCGCUUGCGCAUCUCUGACGCUAGUACGGCCAGCACCUACGACUCAGCCUGCUGUCUGGCCAGUCCUCUGGAGGAGGAGGAGGAGGAGGAGGAGGAGGAUGCAGGCAGCCGGCUGGGUCUGGUCCUUGGCCUGGGUCUGACCUCCCCCAGCAGUGAGAAGAGUCUGGAGUUUGACUCUGGCUACUCUGAGGCCUCCUGGCAGGACGAGGGCAUGGUGCUCAGGAGGACCAGGAAUGUACGGGUGUCCUCCUCUGCCUGCCUCCGCACCAACCUGGCCCCCAGUGGCCGUGUCCGACCCAAAUCCACAUCAGACGCCUCCCUGGAGAGGUGGACCUCAUUCGAGGCCGGUGACGCUGAGGACUGGACCACAUCGCUGCUGAUGCGGGGACGGAACAGACAACCUCUGGUACUGGGGGACAACAGCUUUGCUGACCUCAUACAGAACUGGAUGGACCUACCGGACUACCCCGAACCAGCAGAACUGCAGCCCAGCUCUGGGUGCAGACUGGCACGAGGCUUCUUGGUCAACAUGAGGCGGAAAAUAACUGGUAUGUCAAAGAGUGUAGAGGAGAGGGUGAGGAUGAGGUCCUCAGAUUCUUCUUCUCGUGUGAGUCGGACAGCUAUGGCCCCCAAACGACUCUCCUGCCCCCUAGGGGUGCAGGCCCCUGCCCCACGCCAGUCCCCCUUCUUCCACCAGUCCCACUCUGGCCUGCAUGAUCUAGACACAGACUUCUAUCAAUUCACUGCCCUCAUGAAGACUGGCAGCAGACAGCCUAUUAUCUGUAAUGACAUCAUCGGCUACAUCUGA